AUGUCCACAAAAAUUACGACAACAGUGGUCACGUCAGUUGAUCCUUUGUUUUGGGCUGAAAUUUUGUAUGAUGGUGGAUUAGAACGGGAACCACGUGCAGUAUUUCGAUGGUUAACCGUUGCCGUAUGUUCGAUUGGAGUGGCAGGUAACAUAUUAGCUAUAUGUACAUUGUUACGUUGUCACAUGCGUAAGCUAUCCACUUAUGCAUAUUUAACAGCAUUAUGCAUAUCAAAUACGUUAGCAUCAAUAUCUAUUAUUGUAUUUGAACUCGAUGUUCUAUUUCAACCGAAUCAUUUCGUCUGUAUACUGCUAUCAAUUUCAAAAUCAAUGGCUGUUAGUAUGUCCGCUUUGUCAACAUGGAUAACGGUUGCAUUCAUGAUCGAUCGUUAUAUAAUGAUAUGUAAACCGUUUAAAGGUGAAAAACUAUGUACUCGAAAACAUGCGUACUUUGUCAUUGGAUUUUGUUACGCCAUAUCAUUAAUUUAUUUGAUACCACAAUUAUUAAGUCAUACAUGUUAUAACAUUCCUGGUCUAUCGUAUGAAACAAUGUCAAAUGAGACAGAUAUAUUGCAUGAAUCAUUGUUACCUCAAUUCUACAUAUCGAGUUUAUCUACAUUUGGUAAAAAUUUAGCAACACGUUUAAUCAUUACUUUAUUUGUCAAUUGUAUAGUACUUCGACUACUUCCAUUUAUAAUUGUAUUUAAACUAAAUUAUCAUUUAAUCAAGACUUUAUCUCGUUCUAAACGUCGACAUCGUCAAAUAAAUCCAUAUGAACAAAAACGAAACGAUGUCACAUUUAUGAUUAUUAUUGUCAUUAGCAUUUAUCUAAUAUGUAUAUUUCCAUCAAUACCAUUUUCCAUUAUGUUUUCAUAUGAUCCAGACUAUUUUGUCCGAAUGUCGACAAAAUAUCGUAUUUUACAAAACUUUGAUGAAUUUUCAAAAUUUCUAAUGAUAUUUAACAGUGCAAUACAAUGUUAUUUAUAUAUAUUUUUUGGUAAACGUUUUCGUCGUGAACUAUGUAGAUUAUUGUGUUCAUCACUUCUCACUACGUCACCAGAAUCUAGCUUUGAAAAUGGUGAAUAUGAACUCGUAUUAAGUGGAAAAUUUUCAUUUGAUAAUGAACAAGAUUAUUUAUCAUCAAUUCGAUUUAGUUUUGAUCAUCCGAGACGAUGGAGUCGAUUAACAACUUCGACAAUAAGUUCAGAUGGGACAGAGAUACAUAUAAGCUUAAUGAAACAGUUAAAAAAUGGAUUUCAACAAUUAUUUAGCCGGUUAAGAUCAAUUUAUUUGUAA